GCACUAAUUCUAACGGAUAAGACGCCAUCAACACAUCUUCAAAGAACCCCCAAAAAGAAAACCAGACGCAGUAAAAAGAAGCUUCUAUCAAAGUGCCAUUAACAAUGGCCACUCUCUCAAUUGGCAUCGCCUCCUCCGCCCCCGCCGCCACCACCUUCUUUUCGACAAAAACAAAACGAACCCACUUCAAGCUCAACAUAUCCUGCGUCCAAUGGGACCCAGAAGGUAUUUUAGGAAAGCCGGGGACAGGACACUUAGCUCGUCUUGAAUUCAAAAGGCGGCUAGAGAAGGACGCAGAGGCUCGAGAAGCAUUUGAGCAACAUUUACGUGAAGAGAAGGAACGUCGCCAAGCUCUUCGCCAAUCCAGGGAAUUACCCGGUACUGCUGAGGAGACGAUCGAGUAUUUUCUUGACACCGAAGCUCAAGAGAUCGAGUUUGAGAUUGCAAGAUUGAGGCAUAGAUUAGAUAAGGACUUCUUCUCCCACCUGAAAUUUGAGAUCGGGGAGAUUCGAUUUGCUGUUUUGAAGACUGAGGAUAUGGAGGACAGAUUGAUUGAGCUGGAGGCAUUACAAAAGGCCUUACAAGAAGGCACCGAAGCAUAUGAUAAAAUGCAAGCCGAACUUAUAACUGCGAAGAAAAGCCUCACCAAGAUUUUGUCAUCCAAAGAUAUAAAAGCAACCUUGCUCGAGAUGGUUGAAGGCAAUGAACUAAAUAGAUCCUUAUUGACACUUCUAGAUGAAAACAUAGCAAAUGCAAACAUGGAUAACCAGAAGCAAGCAGCGGCUUUCAUGGAGAAGAUCCGUGCAGCCGUUCUCAAAUAUUUGACGGUAUAGUAUACACUACACGUGUCCGAAUGUUAGUGAUAAGUAAAGUAUCACUCUAGUUGAUUGUUGGUGAAUUCAGUUUAGCAGUUACUGUACCUACAGAGAUUUAGGUAUUGUACUAAAGAUCAGGUCAGUACUUUACAUGUACCAAGACAUGGAUCAGAAUUAGAGUUUUAUACAAUGAUUUUGCUGUUUUUCA